CCUGGAAAUGAAAAUGAUGGCCGCGCGAUUCGCUUUCUGCGUCCACGUCGCGCGAGCGGCCACAUGGAGCCCCACGCGCGUUUUCGGACAUGGACUCUCACGCAGCCUCAGCAGUGACACAGAUUUCUCUGGCAUUAAAGAACGGACCUUGGUAGCGGUGAAGCCUGACGGCGUUCAGAGGCGUCUGAUCGGUGAGGUCAUCAAGCGCUUUGAGCAGCGAGGAUUUCGAUUGGUGGGUCUGAAGAUGCUGCAGGCUUCUGACAAGCUUUUAGCUCAGCAUUACGUCUCGCUGCAGAAGAAACCUUUCUACUCCAGCCUGCUUCACUACAUGACCUCUGGCCCCAUAGUUGCCAUGGUGUGGGAGGGGCAUAAUGUAGUGAGGUCAUCACGUAUGCUGGUGGGAUGCACAGACCCUGCUGAAGCUGCACCGGGAACGAUUCGAGGAGAUUUUAGUGUUCACAUCAGCCGAAAUGUCAUCCAUGCGUCUGAUUCAGUGGAGGGAGCGGAGCGGGAGAUUUCACUGUGGUUUCAUCGCUCGGAGCUCAUCGACUGGGAGGGAUGCGAUCAUAAAAACCUUUAUCACAUUAUAUGAGGGUCAGUUUGAGACAUCCGUAUGUGUUAAAUGAACUCUGAUCCCCCUCAGCGGGUUGAUUUCUGCUCAGUUUCCUUAAUAGCACAAAAUGCCAAUUAUAUGCAGUUUUUGGGCCUGCAAAUGUUAUCAUUUUAAAAUGAUCCGAUGUAAAUAGAUUGAAAUGUUCUAUUUUAUAUUACAAAUAUUUAAAAAGAAAUGUAAGAACCUUUUGAAGAAAACGUAAAAAAAAGGUGCCUUUGAAUAUUUUCAAACAGACUUUUAAUUUUGCUUUGACGCACAAGUCUUAAUAGUUUACUAAUUGUUUCUGUUUUUUGUUCUAUUUUUACUGAACGUAACCAGUGAUCACAUAUACGUGAAUGGUGCUGAUCAAUAUAACUAACUUUUGUGAACA